UAUAUAUAUAUCCAGGUUUCAUCUACGUUGCAUUACGCCUAUCAAGAGUAGUACUGGCUUAAGUCUUGAAUAAAGCCGCGAACGGGACAAGACUCAUAGUAACAUUAAGUAACUGAACCUAUUCCCAAACGUGCUGCAGUCAACCUGUAAAAUUUGAACCGACGAUGGAGCAGGACCUCGGAGAGAUCAAAGUGGGCUUCAUCGGAGCAGGGAAGAUGGCUCAUGGAAUCGCCCAGGGAAUUCUUCUGUCAGGUAAAGUGUGUCCUGGCAAUGUGAUGGUGAGCGCACCUUCACUGAACAAUCUGGGGAAGUUCAAGGACUGUGGUGUCAGGACCACACACUGUAACACAGAGGUGGUGCGGGUCACUCGGGUUCUCUUUCUGGCCGUGAAGCCGCACAUAAUUCCCAGCGUCCUCCAGGAGGUCUCUGCGGUCAUCACCCCUCAGCACAUCAUCAUCUCCGUGGCAGCAGGCGUCACUGUAGCAACCCUGGAGCGGCUGCUCCCGACUGGCUCGAUGGUCCUGAGGUUGAUGCCAAACCUGCCCUGUGUGGUUCAGGAGGGGGCGCUGCUGUUCUGCCGGGGGACUCGGGCGGGGCCAGGUGAGGCGGGGCUCCUGCGCGAGCUGCUGGCCUCCUGCGGGCUGGUGGAGGAGGGGCCGGAGGCGUUUAUCGACAUCCACACAGGACUGAGUGGCAGCGGCGUGGCCUAUGUGUAUAUGUUGGCAGAGGCGAUGGCUGAGGGUGCGGUCAAGAUGGGCAUGCCCAGCACUCUGGCCAAUAGGAUUGCAGCACAGACAGUGCUGGGCGCCGGCAGGCUCCUGAGGGACUCUGGGCAGCACCCAGCACAGCUGCGGGCCGACGUCUGCACCCCUGGUGGGACCACCAUCUUUGGGCUGCACGCUCUGGAGAGAGGGGGGCUUCGCGCUGCAGCCAUGGGGGCUGUGGAGGCGGCAACUGAGAGGGCCCGCGAGUUGGGGGGCAAAUAGGGCAGAUCAGCCCCUUGGAAAUCAUUCUGCCUUCACACUGACUCAUUCAACAUGAAAGCCAUGAAUGUGUUAGUCCCUUCGUAAAGUUCACCACAGUAAAUCUGCAGUGUCCCCAUGCUCUUCCCACAGUUAUACAAUGCGUUUCCCAUAGUUUCCCAUGGUUUACCAUGUUGUUUAAUAUGCUUCACUGUGCGGCAGGGACCAUGUGGUUGUGGCAAAUAAAAGAAUUUGAUAAUUCAUACUUCAUUUAUUUAGGCCUCAAAUGCCCUGUUUUUAAAGAAAGAUGUUAUAGUAAAUGUAUCUAUUUAAAAAUUUAAUAUCUGGUACUACACCAGGUCAAAUAAAUCUGUUUGCACAAGCCAUGCUUUCAGAUAGUGAUGCACUUUCUUGAUCACCUGAAGAGUGAAAUUGUCCCCACCCCUUCAGUACUGGUCAGAAACCAACCAGCUGCUUCCCCUAAUGA